AUGUACCUGAACCCCAAGUCCGAAGCGACCUGGUGCAAAUAUUUCCCGACUACCCUUAAAGGUGUUGCACAAGCGUGGAUCACCAAGGGAGUAAAGGAAGGCUCAAUAACCGGUUGGAAAGACCUCUCCAACAGAUUCAAGAGCAAGUUUUCUACAGCGAACCGCCGAGAGAAGACAACUGCAGAAUUGAUGGGUCUGCAGCAGGGGGAGGACGAGAGCCUCCGAGACAAUCUGACUCGCUUCAACAACGAGUUGUUCAGAAUUACAAGCCUGGACCAAGGGCUGGCCGUUUUUGCACUGCGGAACGGCCUACAAGCUGGAAAGUUCUUUGAUUUCAUGGUCAUGCAUCCACUGCAGACCUUGGAGGAAGCUCUGGAUGCCUCGAACAAAUACAUACGAGCCGAAGAAUGGAACAAAACCAAAUCCCAGUUCCAAUCCGAGGCUGGGAAGGCAAAAGGACAGCAGUCCCAAGGCCAGGGCCAGAGGAAAGGGAAGGCGAAAGCCUCAAAACCGUCCUCAACUCUUGAGCCGAAGAAAGAAAAAAACCCCAUAUAUAGGGAAAUAUGA